AUGGAUUAUCCUCAGGUUUACGAUGUGACUCCAUUCAUGGACGAUCAUCCCGGAGGUGAUGAAGUUCUACUAUCAGCUACAGGGAAAGAUGCAACCAAUGACUUCGAGGAUAUUGGGCACAGCGAUGAAGCUCGUGAGAUGAUGGACAAGUACUACAUCGGGGAGAUAGAUCCAGCAACAGUUCCCUCGAAACGCACGUUCUCCCAACCCCCGCAACAAGCUGCUGCCCACAGCGCCAACAAGUCACCUGAUUUUGUCAUCAAGAUCUUGCAGUUCCUCGUGCCUCUCUUGAUCUUGGGACUGGCCUUUGCUGUCCGAGAUACAGAUGGAAUCAAAGAUUUCUACUCGGAAAUUGCCUCUAUCAAAGACCCCUACGAGUUGCCUCGGAGCUUUGCUACUUCCCAAAAACAAGCACCAAAGUUUGCUGCUUUCCAAGAAACGACUAACGGAGAAAUUCUUCCACGAUAG